AUGGCGCCCUGGCUCCGCUUCCUCGCCGCGUCCCUGCUGCCUGCGGUCGCCGCCCGGCCGAGCGCCGCGGCGCGCUGCGCGGUGGAUCUGUGGCUCUACGAGUCGGCCGAGUGGGCACCGCCCGGGUACCACGUGCUUUGUAUCUCGGAUCCAGAUUCCUCAUCCUCAAGUACCGUGAACCUUUGGCGUGGAGGGCAUCCAGAUGAGAAGAGCACCUGGCAAACGAAGAUCAAGAGCCUGUCAGGCUUUCGAAAGCAGCUGGAGAAGCGUGCCAAGAUGGAGCAGCAAGAGAUGUGGGAGUUUUUGCCGUGGCUCCUGUCCGAUGCCUCGGGCGUCCCAGUGACCACGGUGUCCGCGCUGCGGGGUCUUCUGCUGGUCUUCGAGGGCGGCCGCUGGGUGUGGCCCGGGAUCCGCGAAGGCUUCGUGCGGCAACUACAGGUACCCAGCUCCGACACAUCGCAGGAGCUGCUCAACCUGACCUUGAAGACUCUGACCCUGGACCCGCUGGCCUUUAUCAUCGAAGACUUCUUUGACAAGCCGUCGGCACAGCGGAUGAUCGACUUGGCGGAGCCCAAGCUGAAGCCGGCGGAGAUCUUGACCGAAGACGCCCCGCAGGAGAGGAAGGAAGAAUUGGUGGAUGUUCGCACCUGCUGGGAAGCUUGGUUGUCGCCCUCGGAUGGUCCGGAUUUGGGCGAUGUGGCCGUGCGCACCGCUGCGUUGGUCCGCGUCCCAAGGGAGUUGCAGGAGCCCUUCCGCGUCCUGCGGUACCUCCCAGGGCAGCACUUUGCGGCUCAUACCGAUUACUAUGAACCCGAAGACUUUCAGAACCAGCCCGAAGUGUCAAAUGAACUCCAGCAUGGACGAAACUGGCUGGUUACAGUCUACCUGUACUUGAGCAACGUCGCAAAGGGCGGCGCCACGUAUUUCCCCAGCACCUAUGGCCGUGAACUGCCCUCUGACGUGCUGAAGUGCGAGGGUCCCUCCGUGAAGCCCCGACGAGGCCGAGCUUUGCUCUUCUACUCGUUGCACCCCAACGGAACGCCCAACUUGUCCUCGAUGCAUGGUGCCUGCAAGGUGGAGAAAGGGGUGAAGUACACCAUCAACAUAUGGACCUUCAACCAGCUGAAGCCGGAAGCCACCACGCCGAAGAAGGGCAAAGGGCACCGCAAAAGGAAGAGCGAAGAGCUUUAG